AGGGUGUGGUGUGCGCAUGCGCGGUGGGUGCAUGGCGCCGGCGAAGCUGAGGGUGGUUGUUGCGAGAGUCGUGGUGGGCCAGGCCGGGCUGGGCGCUCCCGGGAGGCCUGUGGGGGCGGCUCGCCGCCCGAGCAGCCCCGGAGCCUGGGAGGGCCGGGCCGCCAUCGCAGGCAGCGCUGCCAGCAAGGAGCGGCGUGACUGAGCCAGAUGGGAAAAAAAGAGUUCAUGGUUGCUGGUCCACAUAAUAGCGGAGGCUGAGUAGGUGUGAAGGAGAGUAUAUGGUGUAAGUGAGAAGUAUCAAACCCCCUGCACAAGGUUUUGUUCUAUUAAAAGGGGAAAAAAAAAAAAGGAAGAAGACAUGAAUCCUGCAAAUAGCAAUCAAGUGUUUGGGACCAUUUUUGACUGGGACUAUCUCUUAUGGGAAGUUCGUUUGACAUUUAUAGCUGCUGGUUUUUUAAUCUACCUGGGAGUGUUUCUUCUGUCUCACUGGUUGUCUUCCCGGAUGAGUACCACUUAUCGUGCCUUGUAUGCAAAGGAGAAGGUGUUUUGGAAUAUGGCAGUCACACGUGGUGCAUUUGGACUUCAGAGCUGUGUUGCUGGGUUAUGGGCUUUGCUCAUAGAUCCCGUUUUUCAUGCUGACAAGGUGUAUUCACAGCAAAAGUGGAGCUGGUUUAACUGUUUAAUAGCUGCUGGAUUUUUCUUGCUUGAAAAUGUAGCUGUUCAUGUGUCCAACAUCGUUUUUAGAACAUUUGAUGUGUUCCUGGUGGUUCAUCACUUACUUGCUUUUGGUGGCUUGGCUGGUCUAGUAAUCAAUGUAAAAUCUGGACAUUACCUACCUUUGAUGGGAAUGUUGCUGGAGAUGAGUACUCCCGCAACCUGCAUUUCCUGGAUGCUUCUAAAGGCUGGCUGUGCAAAUACCUUUUUUUGGAAGGCAAAUCAGUGGGUAAUGAUCCACCUGUUUCACUGCCGCAUGAUUCUCACUUACCACAUGUGGUGGGUGUGUAUUUUCAACUGGAAUUCUGUGGUAGAAAAUCUGGGACUUCUCCAUUUUAUUGUUUUAUUCUCUGGAUUAUUUGCUGUCACAUUAAUACUUAACCCAUACUGGACAUACAAAAAAACUCAGCAGCUCCUCAGCCCAACUGACUGGAACUUUGAAAAUAAAGCUACGGAAAAUGGAAAGUUAAAUGGUGAAACAUCUCAAAAGAAGAGGAUGUAACACCAGAACAUCUGUUUCCUAGUAUGAUUUUGGACUACAGCAGAAGAAUACACUGCAAACUAAUUGGCCCAUGAAAUUGAAGCUUUUGCAAGAAGCUCAGACAUUCCUUGCUGUUAGUAUUCAGUAUGCAUCAGAAGUAUUUGAAAAUGUUGUCUGUAUUUCAUACAUACAUAUACAUGAAUCUUCAGCAUCUUAACAAAGAACUAUGCCAGCGGUUUUGUCUGUACUUAGACAGUAUUUCAUGGUUUAGCAGUGACGUUCUAUAAUGGUAUCCUUUGUCCUAAUGCUUCAGCGUGGCUUUAUAGCUAAUCUGUCCACUAAUCUUAGCUUGAAUUGAAUUUAGCUUUAUUCUCAUUUCACGUAUGUUGGAGGUACUACUAGCGAAAAUUAUGUUUACGAGAUGAAGAUCAAUUCUCACCCCAAAUAGGUAUGGUGUGGAUACCCGUGUGCCGUUAAAUAUUUCUCACUGGAUGAAUUGGUCAAGUGGCAGAAUGCAGUCAUGGCUGAGUUUGUGGGUCUUUCCUUAAGUGCACUUGAUGAAAAGGAAGAGACAGUUAAAUGUUUGCUGUCAAAAGGAAUUGUAGUUCCCAGGUUGCCUUCAGUGUGAGACUUCACAGCAAACAUGCAUGUGGUGAGGAGUGGGAACACCUGUUCAUUGUGCUGGUGGUUAUGAUAGGUAAUCAUGGUGGUCCUUUCUGGUCUUGAAAUCUAUGAAAGACAAGAGUCAGUGACUGUUUAAUCCUUGAAAAGUUUGUUGGCUGAUUGGUAGGAUUAUCUUCUUGGUAAGUCACAAAUGAAUAAACGUGCAGUUAGUUCCACUAGUGCUCCUCUUAUUUUUGGAAAAUCUAUUAGCUAUAGGGAGUUUUAGAAUAGGAGGUGACUCAGAAUCAUAGAAUGGCCUGGGUUGAAAAGGACCACAAUCAUCAUCAAGUUUCAACCCCCAUGCUAGGUGCAGGGUCACCAAGCACUCAACCAGGCUGCCCAGAGCCACAUCCAGCCUGGCCUUGCAUGCCUUCAGGGAUGGGGCGCUAAUCUUUGGAGAAAACCCUUUGUCACCUCUUUCAGAAGUUCUGUUAUUCCUGUAGUGUUUCUAUUCUACUUUGAAGAACACAGAAGGUGACGUUAUCAAUUCUUUGCACUUUAUCUACCAUGUUUUUAAGUUUUUAAUUGACCUCCGGAGCAGAGAGAGUUUUUUGGGUAGUGGUUUGGCAAGUUGUGGAGGUUGUUCUCCCACUUGUGAUCAUACUUGUUACUGGAUGCAGUUUUGGACAGCAGAUCUAUCGUAUAAGGAUCACGAUAGAAGAGAGUGACACCUAUUGGUAGGAGAGUGACAAAGAUUCUUAAUUACCGUUGAUGUACUAUUGAGAUAAAAAACAUGUCAUUUGAAACUUCAUCAUAUGCUGUGAUGACACAGAUUUAUUUACCAAAGUAAUACGACCAGACAAGCUGAAGCUGUGAAGAACUCUAGGUUGAGGCAUAAGUUCCCUAAUAUUCCCUAAUUCCCUAAUAAGAUCUUUUGCAUGCCUUGCUAUAUAUAUAAUGUAUAAUACCUAAGAGCACCUGUUAACCUCAAUGCUGCUAGAACAGGAGAUCUAUGCAAUAAUGCAAGUAAUAGCAUUCACCUUAUAUUCCUUUUCAUUUGAAGGGUGAGAGGGUUUUAUAGUCCAUAUAAACAUAUAACAGAACAUGAAAAUAGACAACGUUUCUUCAGUUCUGUUACACAGAGCCUCUAUUUUCUCCACUGCAGGUUCUAGUGUCUAAUUACUCUUACAAUGCUGCAUUCCCACCCAGAUAAAGACUAGCUACAGUUAGCUUAGAAGUUUUGUUAAUGUGAAACAAAUCCCAGACCUUUUGGGCCUCUUUUGUAAGGCCUCAUCUGCAAUCUAAUAUAGAAAGAAAUUUGCCAUUAACAUCAGUAGCGAUAGGGUCAGGUCACAGGUUGUGCUGCUGCCAUGAUUUGGAAAACUUUUGCAUAACAUUUUAGGGUGAUUUUGCUAGCCUAAGUGACUGUGCAAUACUUCGUCCUGCUUUCUUGUUGGGCAGGUGUAUUUGAGGAGUGCUGCUUGUGUCUCCUCACUGGUUGAAGGCUUUUUUUUGAAAAAGAUAUCUGGUUUGGGGUAUGGGUUUUUGUGCGUGCAUGUGUGUUUGUGCUGUUGUUCUUUUAAAAGGCAACGAAAUGUCUGACCUAAGGGUUGGACCCUAUCCAAAGCAUUUAGUUCUGUGUUCAUACAUUCCUAAGUCAGAGUUUGUUUCCCUCCAUUUGUGUCAUGUUUUUUCCAAAACCUGUCUAUGGUAUUUAUCCCUAUCUGCAGUACUGGUCACGAUCCAGCAGCAGUCACAAUACCCCAGCAGUGACCUUGGCUAACAGUUUCUAGCACGUACUGUUGAGCUCUCCUUUUGUUAAAUGCCCAUGUCCAGUUUUUUUCCCCGAUAGCACUGAUGAGCUAUUGAUGUUGUACGGUUACAAAAGACGCUUUUCUUAACCUCAGGGAAAUUCCACUUAAAGUGAAUUUAGAAGUAUUAAUGAAUUAAUAAAUUCAAGUCUGUUCCUCUUACGAUGUAAUAUUUGUUGGAUGCAUCUUUACACUGAGUGCGUGAAUAAAAGUAUUUUAUUGAGCAGUUGUAUACCAUGAGUUUCAUUAACUGAUUAAAGUAAUGCCUCUUUUUUGUUGUUGUUUUUAUGUGGUGCUUGUAGCUGAUUGUUUUUAUAAUGCAUAUAUUAAAAGAUGACUUAUUUUGAAAUAAUCUCCCAAACUGAGCAGGGGUGAUGUUGUAUCCAUGGAAGUAGCUCUGAAACCUUGUAAAUUAGUGUACCUUCAUCACCAUUUAACAUUAGCAAGUUCAGUUAUGUGAUUAAACAGUAGAAGCUGCACUACGUAUGUGAGUACAUACUAAAAAGUAUCACUUGAAAGGACACAUCUGGCUUGUGUAUUUGAAGUGUGAUCUCUUUUUGCGUUAGGCUGUGGCUAUGAAGACACUUCACUUGGUGUCAAGAGAUGCUUCAUGGCUUAGUAUGAGCCACCGUCUUUUUUUUUUUCUUUCAAGAAACUGUUCAGUUGCUAAACACCAAAAUAACAAUCACAAGCAUUGAAUGUGCCUGUCUUCAGCGGUGCUCUGCAGGACUUAUUUCCUGAUCCUUUUAGCAUUAGUGAGUUAGAGGAAAACAGUGUCGCUGCUGGCAUUUCAACUAUUCUGAUAAGAAUGCACUGUGCAAGCAACCGGCUGGCAUGAUUUUUGGUAGCUGUCUCUGGAGUCAAGUCUAUAAGAUUAAUUGAAGCAGAAGUAGAGAUGUUCAUGUGUAAAGCUCCACUGGCUGUGGAAUGUGUGUGGGUACAGACUGGGAACAGAACAAUACAUAACAGUACUUGUGUGAAUGAAGUCCUUUUUGUAAAUAAUCUGUAAAAAGAACUUCUUGCUGAUGUUUUGCUAUUCAGAUGUUUUCAAUUAAUAGAUAAAUGUAUUUUACUUUGUAGUUCUUGCCAUAAUCCCAGAAAUAAAUUAGCAUGCACUUACUUUGA